AUGAGUGGAAGCGGAGAUGAGCAGCGGGAAAUGCGGAAAGCGUCUCCAGCGACACCCCACGUUUGUCCCGCAGGCCGGGGCAGUCUGGCGCCCAACGUGGGGCCCAAUGGGACUCCUGCUGAAACGUCUACUCAGGGCACUAUCAGUUGUAAGCAUUGGGAAAGAGUUGGUGAUGCCCUCCAAGAUUUUUAUCAGACCUUAGGCCCUGAAAAAGUCCCUGUCUCAACAUUCUCCUUUUGGAAUCUUAUUCAUGAUGUCCUUCGAGUUCGUUCACAAGACCCUGAUAUCAAAAAUGUUAUAGAAACAGGAGAAAUAGCCCUUAAAGAAAACUCCCGACCACCCUCUACCUGUCCUUCAAUAACUGUAGAUAUCUCUGAAGAUCCCGCUGUUUCUCUUGAAGAAACUCCUAAGCCCCAGUCUGAACAAAAUACUCCAGAUCCCCAAGAUAAACCUGAAAGUAAACCUGGCAAACCUAAUUCCCCCAAAAUCCCCUCCAUUUACCCUACACUCACGUCUUUAAGACAUCAAAACAAUCAUUUAAGCCUGGAAGAUGAAGAGACAUUAAGAGAACAAGCUGCUCAUUAUCAUGAUCAUGAGAACCCCUGGUGUCUCACGGCGCCAGUCCUUUAUAGUGUCACUAAUGGACACUUUAAGCCUCCCCCAUACAAACCUAUUCCCCCCCAAUGCGUCCCUAUGUUUCAAAUCCCUGCCCUAGAGCCUCCUCAUAACCCCCCCUCUUUAGCUGACCCCAUCCGGCAGGCAAAAAUUUCUCUAACCAAAGAAGUUUCUUCACUUAAAGAAAUUUUGCUGCAAAAACUCACCCGCGGCCGACCGCUCACCCACGGUCGCCACCCAGAAACACCCCCGGAGGUCAUAGAAGAGAGCGAGGAUGAAAACGCCCCAGACUCCCAUGACCCAGAUACUCCAGACCAAGACCAGGAUUCCGAGGGAGAGCCUUCAGACAAUGAAGAGCCUAAGAGUAAUAUGGAAAACCCAGCUAAAACCCAAAAAUACCGCCGCCUAAACCUUAAACAUCUAAAAGACUUAAAAGCAGCUGUUACCAAUUAUGGCCCCACAGCUCCUUUCACAUUAGCCUUGAUUGAAAGCCUGAGCGAUUGGUGGCUGACCCCUAAUGACUGGCUUUCCCUAACUCGAGCUGCCCUGUCAGGAGGAACUCCACAGCGCAAUAGUGAAAGUAAAACUUCACGCUCAUGGUCAAGAGAUAAGUUACUCGGGCGGAGCCCUUAUGAAACAAAUGAGGGCCAAGCGGCCUUCCCCCCUGGCCUUUUAGCUCAAGUCCAAAAUGCAGCCCUUAAAGCCUGGUGGCGCCUUCCCCCUAAAGGCUCUGCUACCACUUCCCUGGCAAAGAUUCGUCAGGGCCCUGACGAGCCUUACAGUGACUUCAUUAGUCGCCUAACAGAUGCUGCCGAGCGACUAGUUGGUGGAGGGGAAACUGAAAGUGCCUUUGUUAAACACCUAGCUUAUGAAAAUGCUAACCCGACCUGUCAAGAGACCAUAAGACCUCACCAUUGUGGGAGUCUUUCUGAUUAUAUUAAACUCUGUUCCGGGAUAGGAACUUCACAUACAAUUGGACUGGCCAUAGGAAUGGCCCUGAAAGAUAUUAAUAAGGAUAGUAAUAAACAAAGAACUUGCUUUAAUUGCAAUCAACCAGGACAUUUUGCCCGCCAGUGUCAGGCAGAGAUUCAACUUCACCCGCCUCGUGCUCCCCCGCCUCAUGCUCCCCCGCCUCGCGCUUCCCCCAAAACUGUUUGCCCUCGAUGCCGGCGCAGCUUCCAUUGGGCUAAUGAGUGCCGCUCUAAAACGACUAUUGAAGGCACACCCCUUCCACCACUCCAGGGAAACUCCCAGAGGGGCCAGUCCCUGGCCCCUUCACCAAGCACGAACCAAGGGGCUAUCAGGUUCGUUCCCCCAGCUCAACAACAACUCCUCCCUGCGCAGACAUCAGCUCCCUCUCCCGUGCCACCCCGGGAAGUGCAGGAUUGGACCUCUGUUCCGCCACCAGCACAAUAUUAA